AUGUUGGAAUCGAUGGAAUUCUGUUUGAAGUUGUGGGGUUCGGAAGCUUGUGUAUUGGAGGACUUAGCAAAAACUAUCAAUCUGGUACAUAUCAGGAGGGAUCUUGUGGAAAGUGGUCACACAUUGCUAAACCAUGCUUAUCACAGUCAACAAAAAUACGAAGGGUAUGAGGGUAGAACUGGAAUCCGUGAUUCCGAAGGAAUUGGAAUAUAUGAUUCCAUUCCGAUGCCAAAUAAUCGGAGUUUAAUUCUAUCUGAAGGUGGAACCAGAAUCAGUGAUUCCGACAGAAUUGGAAUUGGUGAUUUUGAUGGAAUCAGAAUUUGUGAUUCUGUUGGAAUCAUAAUCUAUGAUUACAUUCUGUUGCCAAAUAAAAAGAAUUUAAUUAUAUCUAUAGGUGGAACUAGAAUUAGUGAUUAUGAUAGAACUGGAAUAAGUGAUUCCGACGAAACCAAAACCUUACAAAAACUGCAAAUGAAAAUCAAAAUUGCAACAUAA